GUAAAGGCCGAAGGUUGGAGGCGCCGUGCAAUGUAAACAAACCCGCCGCCCGCUGGCACAUGUUCGCGGCCGCAUGCUUAUUUGACAGCUGGAAACGAAGAGACAGAUAAUUGAAGGACACAGAAGAAGAAAGAUAAAUAGGAGAGAGAUAAGAACUGGACAGCUGGAGACAAAGAUAAAGGCCACAGAGGAAGGAAUACGAAGGAGAGAGACCUAAGAAGUGAUCCAAAGCGUCAGAGGUUUAUUAAGUGUGUUAGUGUUGGUGUUAGAGCCAUGAAGUUUGUGGUGGAGCACGUGGGCAAGGGCGGCGGGCGGCUGGGCAGACUGAGUGGCUUUCGCAGCCAGCCUGACACUACCCACAACACGCCGCUGUCACUCAUAUCCACGGCGGGAGGCAGCGCACCACAUCUCACGCAGGAUGUGCUGCACUUGGUGGCCAAAAGAACAGCGCCACUCUGUGUUCCGGCCCAGCACUUCGUAGAACACAUCAAGGUGCUGCAGAACUUCAAGAAGGGAGUGGCACACUUUGCCUCACUGCAGAGCCACAGCGUAUGCGUAACGGUCCAUGACCCUGCCAAGGCCACACCCAAUGGUUACAACGACAAGCAAGGCAUCUCCUUCUGGACCUACGGCGGCCGGAAGAUCCUCAACGCAGACUCGUACAUGGAGCUGGUGGAGGCGAUGCGACCAGACUGGUAUGAGGCGUUAAGUGAUGCUGACACGCCCGCCACAGCCUCCAAGAAAAGGCUGUCCAAGUCCCUCGCCAGCUCCAGGGCCUACAUCGCCACCUGCCUGCACCGCCACAAGGAGUCACAGGCGUUCCGAGGGUGUGGAGUCAUGGUGCCAUUGCUAGGGGGCCACAGUAAGGCAGACCGCACCCGCUGGAUCAAGGGCCUUCCACAGCUGCUGGGGGAGGAGGAGGAGGAGGCCCUUGUGUCUGGCUAUGCGCUGCAGGGACUCCACACCAACGGACCUGAGGCGGAGCUGCUCACCUCGGCCCAAGUGACGGAGCUGGCCGGGACUUCUCUGGAGUCCUUGCCGGAAGGUCGGGUGAGGCAGGCAGGAGGCGGCUGGAGUCCCGAGGUGGUGGUCAGUCUGGUGGAGCUCGGCGUGGAUGUGUUUGACUCCUCCUUCCCCCACCUUGUCACGCAGCGGAACGGGGCGCUCACCUUCCCUCACUCUCGGCACAGUGAUAGUGAGACCAGGGCAGCUGAAGGGAAGGAGAAUCUCGAACACCAGGACAAGAAGCUUAAGGUGGCGGACACAGAGGAGGAGGAGGAGAAGGAAGGAAAGCAGGGGAGUGAAGAGCAGGGAGAUGAACCACAGAAGAAAGAGGAGCAGGAGGAAACAGGGAAGAAAAAGAAGCCAAACAGAAAGGAGGAGGAGAACGGAACGAAACCUGCAACGAGUGUGUACGAAAUCUGUCUUGCGGACGAAAGGUAUGUGUUGGACGAGCGGCCUCUUCUGGACGGCUGCGAGUGCUAUGCGUGCAAGAACUUCUCCCGAGCGUACGUCCACCACCUCAUCAAUGUAAAGGAGAUGCUGGCGCCGGUCCUGCUCAUGAUACACAACUUGCACCACUGGACGUCCUUCUUCAGCAGCAUCAGGGAGGCGGUGCGGACAGACUCCCUGCAAGACCUCAAGGCUUUAGUGCACUCAGCAGCUGAAGGCUCGGACAAGAGAUAGAACACCUUACUCCCUGACCCCUUCCCUGACCCUGCCGUCCUCUGUAAGUGACCUCGACUAGUACAAAUGUGUAGUGUAGCCUGACCUCAGCUGACACUUUAAAUAUUUAUGCGGGGAGGUAUACAAUUGUGGAGCUUCCUGUUGUAGUGUGGCAAGUGAUAUGAGAAAAAAAACAAGAAAACUGCGAUUGAAGUUCAAAUUAAAAAAAAGAAAAAAAAAUCUCGGUUCUCACCAUUCCCGCCUCCGAUGACGUCCAAGUAUUUCCCACGUAAACCCUUCUUAUAUACACCAUUCUGAAGGGUUAAGAUAAGAUAAUGAUGAGAUGAGUAAUUAUUGAUUAUCUUAGAAAUAUGAGUGAAAUUAAUCGACCAUAAUGCCACAACCUCCAUGAAUUUUAGUUGCCUCAGAACGCUCAAAGAGUCGCUUGAUGCCAGGGAAGUGGUGUCUCAAGAUGGCCCCCAUAUCGCUUACCUCACUUCAGCAGGGAGCAACUCAAUUCCAGGGCACAGACUAGCAUUCCCAGCCUCUGUAGUUUUGGUGGUCAUUGUAGUAUGGUUCUGUCUUCCAACACCCCGGGGUCUCAGUAAUAUUGCAGUAGUAAAGUCACAUGCUGUAGUUAGUAGUUUUUUUACAGUAAAGGAAGCAGCUUAGAGGAAAGUAUAGAAAAGAGAGAAAAUACCCCACUAACCACUGCCCCCAAAGAAGAGUGUGUAGGUGAGUGGUCAAGAGAGAGGUCAGUUUCGGUUGUAUAGAUGAGUGGCCAAAAGAGAGGGCAGUUUCGUUUGGAGGGGAGUGGCAGCGUUACCAAAUUAUCGUACUCAGCCACUCAGCACAUCAUAUUUUGGGGUUUCUGACUCACAGCUAUCGCAAACAGACACCAAUAAGUAAUGAUUUUAACGAUAACUUUAACUGGACUUUCGUUAUUUGUGUGGGUAGGAAAAUUUCGGGCCCUGGAACUGAUAAUUGCGAUGUUUUGAGUACAAUAAUUUGGCAACGCUGGGGAGUGGCCAAAAGAGAGGGCAGUUUUGGUUGUAGAGAUGAGUGGCUGAGAGAGAGGUCAAUUUCGGCUGCAAAGGUGAGUGGCCAAAAGAGAGGUCAAUUUCAGUCAGAGAGGAGCUGGAUUACAUAUCAUCUUUUCUAUUGCGUUUGGUGUCCCGUGUGUACCAAGUAUACAGCAAGACAUAGAGAGGUGGAAAAGAAACACAUUUAUAACACGCUGGUUGGAGUGAACAUGUUUCGGAGGCACAAACCCAAGUGUCUCAGAGCCGUAAACCCGUGCGUCUAUCACAGAGGAUGUAUGUGACGUGCUGUACACAAGUAAAACAUUGAUUCACGU